UUUUCUUGUAACCCAUAGUUACCUUGAUAGUGUCCAUGGUUUUCUUUUCACUGUCAAGAUAAUAUCAAACGUUCGGGAAAACAUACAUUGUUUUUUUAGCCUUAAGGGUCUCCUUAAACAUUUUUUCUGCGGAGUAUUUGGGGGAACUUGCAGAAGAGGACACCUUGACCUUGCAUGCCUGCUCAUUUGGCCGAAAAAGUGUCCGCAGAAAACUGUCAUCGCUCUCGAAGAGGACGGCUCGGAAGAGCGAUCCCGGGGGCUCGUGUCGCCUCCGGUUCGGAUGGGGGAAGGGAUGGGGACACAGGGCAGUCCCGUUAAGAGCUAUGACUACCUCCUAAAAUUCCUGCUGGUGGGAGACAGCGACGUUGGCAAAGGGGAGAUCCUGGACAGUUUGCAGGACGGAUCGGCGGAGUCGCCUUACGCGUACAGCAGCGGGAUCGACUACAAAACUACGACCAUCCUGCUGGAUGGGAGGAGAGUGAAGCUGGAGCUUUGGGAUACUUCGGGGCAGGGCCGGUUCUGCACCAUCUUCAGGUCCUACUCCAGAGGGGCGCAGGGAAUCUUGCUGGUGUAUGACAUCACCAACCGCUGGUCCUUUGAUGGCAUCGACCGCUGGAUCCGGGAGAUUGACGAGCAUGCUCCUGGUGUGCCGCGCAUCCUGGUGGGCAACCGGCUGCACCUGGCGUUCAAGCGGCAGGUGCCCACGGAGCAGGCACGGGCGUACGCCGAGAGGAGCGGCAUGACCUUCUUUGAGGUGAGCCCCCUCUGCAACUUCAACGUCAUCGAGUCCUUCACCGAGCUGUCCCGCAUCGUGCUCAUGAGGCACGGCAUGGAGAAGUUCUGGAGGCCCAACCGAGUGUUCAGCCUGCAGGACCUGUGCUGCCGGGCCAUCGUCUCCUGCACUCCCGUGCACCUGAUCGACAAACUGCCCCUCCCGGUGGCCAUCAAGAGCCACCUCAAGUCCUUCUCCAUGGCCAACGGCAUGAACGCCGUCAUGAUGCACGGCCGCUCCUACUCGCUGGCCAACUCCGCCGGCAGCAGCAAGGGCAACAGCCUCAAGCGCUCCAAGUCCAUCCGGCCGCCACAGAGCCCGCCCCAGAACUGCACCAGGAACAACUGCAAGAUCUCUUAGCGCUCGGCCCCCUGUCUGCCCAAGCGCUGAUCCCAGGUCAGCGACUGGCGCCGGAACACUUCGCAUGAAAUGCGAAGCGCUGAUCACAGCUCAGCAAGGGUCUAGUCUGAGCGAGCAGCGGGAGAUUUUGCUGGCCUGAGGGAGGGGAGUGGUCAGGACUCCGCCCACUGUGGGCACAUCACUCCCCAUCCUCCUCAUCUUCUGUUCCAAAUUUGCUGGAGUCAAAUUAUCAACUUAUUUUUUAGAUGUACUUGCAUGGUAUUUAACAAAUGGAACAAAGCCAGAAAAUAUAUGUAGUAUCACGGUUUUUGUUGGUUGUUUUUUUUCCUCACAACUUGAUUUUUGCACUGACGUGCCCAUUGUGCACCGUCUUGUUCUGUGGGGAGUUUGAAAGGAACAGCCAGCCAUUUUUUUUGCAAGGGACAAUACUAAAAUGCUCAUAGGAUGUCAUAUUUCAUCAUUUCAUUGCUUUUGUCCACUUCUGCCCAGAACCGCUGACGGUAGCUUGUGAAAACACACUAACAGCUUCUGAAAUAUGUGUUGCCAUGUUGCUUAGAUCACCCUGAGUGCUUGAGUGCUUGCGGUUGAUGUCUUUUGAACCCCAGUGAGCCCCAGCUCAAUAAGCCCCAAUAUCCAGGCAGGCAUUUGGGCUGAGGGCACAUGAGGGUUUAGCCCAGUCUUUCUGCCCUCACUGGAAACUGUUCUCUCCCUCUCUGUGAGCAAGCCUGUUGCUCUCCUCUGAGCUUUCCUGCAUUCCUCUGUGGACAGCUUGACUCUGGGUCUCCACUGAUCAGAAAUCAGUGUCCUUCUGGGGACCAAAGCUCUUUCCUGACCAGGUCAGGUUUAUUUUUUGGGAUGCUCUCCUGUUGUGGCGGGAGAGCGAGGCCUCAUGAACCCCCAUAAUAGGCGGAGCCACUGGCUCAUGUCAGCCUGUCAAAUGACCUUGCUUUCCAAAGGAUGACACUUUGAUUCACUCAGAUCACCAAGUCAUUGGCAGCGCACAACGGCUCCGCCCAUUUCUGGGUUCGUGAAGUGUCACUCACCCCGACACUACCCUCCAGACCCCCCCACUCAGAGACAUGCUUUUGCCAGCUCCAGCUUCUGCCAGUUUACCUUGCUUGCCUUAGAAACACAACUACUUCCCUUUUGAAUGACAUGUUCGAGGCCGACGCACAUUUGAACUUGCCUGCAUUUGCGAGCAGAGCGCUUAUGCCACCCUUUUCGCCUUGGCUUCUGUAGACCUCAUGCUUGCCUUCACCCAGCUCAGUGCUGCACCUUUCUAGCUGUCUUACCUACUGGUGCCAAAUAAUCUCCAACUACCACAAAAGAAGAAGAAUACGAAGAAGAGCAGCUUUUGUCUACCUCUCUGCCUUCAGCUACAAGUGUUGACACUUGUAAGGACACGUAAGGAUUGCAGUUUAGUUUUCUCCCACAAUUCCCUUCCCUGUCAGGACUGUAGACUCCACCGUUUUAAGUUUACAUUUUUCCCCCAAUGCAGCAUCCCAUUAUGUGCUGUUUUUUUUCCUUUACAAACCGGAAACAAUGUCAUUUCACACAUUUGAAAAUGCACUGGAGCCAUUGUUCCAUUUUUUAUAAAACGUAUUGAACAGAAUCUGGUGUUGAUGAGGGUGAGAGGUCAUUGACACUGUUGCCAAAGUGAGAGCUUUCGAAGAGAAUGGCGUUUGCUUGUAAAGCACAAAUGACUCAUAUGAACAAAUGUGACCACGUAUCGAGAAGUUACCCUUGCAAUUAGGGGCUUAACCGUUUGCUUGUGUUAAAUACCACGGGAGCAGAAGCAGCCAGAAGUUGUGAGUCUGCAUUGCUUUGGGCUACAUGUGUUAUUGCCACUGAAACAAGGCUUUCCCACUUAUUCUCAUGUUUUUCUCUCGACCAGUAAAUUUCUUGUUUAAGGAUCUACGUUUUGAGAAUGUUGCUUUUCAGGAGUUUAACAGUGAAAACUAUCACUGCUCUCCUGCCCCGCCCCUUCCUUCAAUCUCAGGGACAAGCCCCGCCCCCCUCAGGCAAAACCCAGACAAUAAAGCCUUGCUCACCUCUGGCUGAGCGCCAGGUCUUGUCCCAGUAGGCCAUUUCGUCAUGAGGGACGCUUGCUUUCAUCACCACCCAUUGCAUAAGCUCAGUGCAUUCGGUAUUGUAAGAAUUUUGACCUCCGGGAUAGGAAGAGAGAUCGGCCACCUUACAUUUGGCAGGAGACGUAGGGUACCUGCGCUGUUUUCUGUGCACACAGCACAACUGCCACAGGUGUGUUUUCUCCACUGGACGCAGAGGCUGUCCUGCUCACCUGGACUCACCCGGGCCACACGUGCAGGACUGGGCUGAAGUAUGCCCCCACAGUCCUGCUUUCUCCCCACUUCAACCACAUACAGCAGGACCGCUUAGACUUCCGUUGGUGUUCGUGAUGAAGGUGAACCGAGCUGUCGCGUUUCUAUCCUAAAUACACAGGACUAGGUGGCUUUGGAAAGGUGGUUUUCAGGAGGCUUUGUAGUUUGCUUUUUAAUGUUUGUUUUUUUUAUGAGUUCUCCCCCACCCCCAUCUCAAAAUCCAUAAUUGUGUAUCCAGGAAUACGUUCGUGAAUUCAUUGUACAUUACCGGGUAAAUCUUGGUAAUUUGUUAUGUAUUGAUAUUUGAUAUAAAAGGGAAUGUUGGCAUGUGUUUGGGGCGGGAGAUACUGGGGGUGACUUCUUGUAUGUUCACAUUCCUUGCAGAUUUUUUUCGUAGGGGGACACAGCUGCAUGGCUGAUAGUCUUAUCAGGUUCUCCCCUUUUGUGGGUUGGAUGAAGGGAAAUGUAAUAUUAAUAUUACAAUGAUUCUUAAAUUGAAAACACUAUGUUCAUUUGGUUUAAGCU